CUAAAGCGCCCAGCCUGGGCAGCGCAGGCGGAACAGAGGAAGGGAGCAUGGUCUCGACGACGCCGCGCCGCCGCCAGCUGCAGCCUCCGUCGCCUCUGCUGCAACAGCCGCGCUCGCGCUCAUAAGAGGCAGCACGAGCCGCAGCAGCAGGAGAGGCAGCCCCGGCCUUGGUUGCAGCAGAGGCAGCCAGGAAAGAAGGAAGGAAGGAAGAAAGGAAGGGGAGAAGAGAAGGAGCCCGGCUGCAAUGCCGAAGCCGCCUCCUUCUCCCUCUCCUCCCCCUCCCCCCGCCGUGCCCGGGCAUCCUCCUUCUCCGCCAGCCUGAAGAAGACGGAAGACGCGGGGAUAGGAAGGCAGGCAGGCAAGCAGGCAGGCAGGCGUCUCGCCCGCCAAGGACACGCGUCCCAUUGACGAUCUCUCCCCCCUCCCCGCUCCCUUCUGCGUCUCCAUCAGCGCAAAGGUGGUCUGCUCUCAGAGAAAUCUGCUGCUUUAAAUGUAAGGAGUGUGGAGACUUGGGGUUACAUUUACUUCAAGGGAAAGAAGUACACGUUCUGAAGACUAUAAGGCCCUGUCUGAAAAUCUCUGUGGCAAGAGGCGGAAGCCGCCUUUGGCCGAGAUGUCACGGCACCACAGCCGGUUUGAAAGAGAGUAUCGCAUGGGAUGGGACCGCCGGGAAUGGAACACCAAUGGGAACCACGUGAACAACAGUAACUGCAAUAGCACAGUGAACAGCAAUAGCAACAACAGACCCGGGCUUCUGCCUGUGCCAAUUGUGCCCUCACGACUACAUGCCCCAGCCACUGUUGCUUGCACCACAGUGAACAGUGAUGUGAUAACUACUCUUGUGGCCAACACUCCUGCGUCCUCGACAACCAAAACGCCUUGCAUCUCCAAGACAGAGAGUCAGCCGCAAGGACUAGCAACCAGUGUAAGGUGGGGACAGACGCCCAUCAACCAGUCUACGCCCUGGGACACAGAUGAGCCACCACCUAAACAGAUGAGGGAGACUGAAAACCCAGGUACAGCUCCAUGGGUUACAACAGUUGCAGCAGGUAGCCAGCCAACUCUUAUAACUCAUUCUUAUGGGAUGACUCAACCUCCGACCUUCAGCCCAGCAGUGAACGUCCAAGCCCCUGUCAUUGGAGUUACACCCUCACUCCCUCCGCAUGUUACCCCCCAGCUUCCUUUAAUGCCAGCUCAUUACCGGCUUCAGCAGCAGCCUUCACAGCCGCUGAGUAACAUAGUUGUGAACCUGCAAAGCCAGCCUUUGUACACUAACAGCCAGCCCAUUGCUAUGUCUUCUAUGACUGGGGUUGGCCAGGUGACGCACCCAGGCCACAGUACGGUAGGGAAUGGUCACAUGACUUGCCCUAUUCUGCCUCCGCCACCGCCAGCUUUGCCUUCGGCCGCCCUACCUAAUAGUGUUCCAGCUACCAAUGGGCAGGCUGCUCCUCAGCUUCCUCCUAACCAGAUGGGGAGCCCGGACAACACAAAUGGGGUGCAGAUGCUGCGGACUGUUGGUGUGGGGAAGUACGAGUUCACAGACCCUUGGCAUCCAAAAGAAAUGUUGAAGGAGUUGAACCAGCAACGCAGAGCGAAAGAGUUUACAGACCUGAAAAUUAUUGUUGAAGGCAAAGAGUUUGAAGUCCACCAAAAUGUUCUAGCUUCCUGCAGCUUGUAUUUCAAGGACCUGAUUAAAAGGUCACUUCGGGACAGUAGCAGAAGCGGUGAGAAGCUGGAGCUGGAGUUACCAAAUCUCACAGUGGACGUCCUGGAAUUACUGCUGGAAUUUGUUUAUACAGGUUCCUUAGUAAUAGAUUCUGCCAACGCCAAAACACUUCUGGAAGCUGCCAACAAGUUCCAGUUUCAUACAUUUUGCAAAGUCUGCGUGUCUUUUCUAGAAAAACAGUUGACUGCUAGCAACUGCCUAGGAAUAUUAGCCAUGGCCGAAGCAAUGCAGUGCAGUGAACUAUACAACAUGGCGAAGGCCUAUGCGUUGCAGAUUUUCCCAGAAGUGGCAAAUCAAGAGGAGAUUCUUAAUAUCUCCAAGGACGACUUCAUCUCCUACAUGUCCAAUGACAGCCUGAACACGAAAACAGAAGAGUUGGUUUAUGAAACGGUGAUAAAGUGGAUUAAAAAGGAUGCCGCAAUCAGAGCCCAGUGUGCCGCUGAGUUGCUGGCAGUGGUCCGCCUUCCCUUCAUCCAUCCCAGUUAUCUCCUAAAUGUUGUUGACAAUGAGGAGUUGAUAAAGUCUUCAGAGGCCUGCCGGGAUCUGGUGAAUGAAGCAAAGCGCUAUCAUAUGCUGCCGCACGCCCGACAAGAGAUGCAGACUCCAAGGACUCGUCCCAGGCUAUCAGCAGGGGUGGCUGAAGUCAUAGUCCUAGUCGGAGGUCGUCAAAUGACUGGAAUGAAUCAACGAGCCUUAACAGCAGUAACAUGCUUCAACCCUCAAAACAAUAAAUGGUACCCCCUGGCCAGCCUGCCUUUCUAUGACCGGGAGUUUUUCAGUGUGGUGAGCGCUGGAGACAAUGUCUACCUCUCAGGUGGUAUGGAGUCCGGAGUCACACUCUCUGACGUCUGGUGUUACAUGUCACUACUUGACAACUGGAAUCUCGUCUCCCGAAUGACAGUUCCAAGAUGUCGGCACAACAGCCUGGUAUAUGAUGGGAAGAUUUAUACCAUUGGAGGCCUUGGUGUAGCAGGCAACGUUGAUCACGUGGAGAGGUAUGACACAAUCACCAAUCAAUGGGAGACAGUCGCACCUUUGCCAAAAGCAGUGCAUUCAGCAGCUGCCACAGUGUGUGGUGGGAAGAUUUACGUGUUUGGUGGCGUGAAUGAGGCCGGGCGUGCUGCUGGAGUGCUGCAGUCAUAUGUACCUCAGACGAACUCAUGGAGUUUUAUAGAGUCACCCAUGAUAGAUAACAAAUAUGCUCCUGCAGUCACUCUCAAUGGUUUCAUCUUUAUUCUUGGAGGAGCUUAUGCACGAGCAACCACCAUCUAUGACCCAGAAAAAGGCAAUAUUAAAGCAGGCCCCAACAUGAACAACUCCAGGCAAUUCUGCAGUGCUGUGGUCCUUGAUGGGAAGAUUUAUGCCACCGGUGGGAUUGUUAGUAGUGAAGGACCUGCCCUAGGAAACAUGGAAGCCUAUGACCCCAAGACAAACACAUGGACGCUUCUGCCCAAUAUGCCGUGUCCUGUGUUCCGACAUGGCUGCGUAGUAAUUAAAAAGUACAUUCAGAGCGGAUGAUGCCAACCAAGACUUGCAAUAGCAGACUCUCUGUUUCUUGCCCAGCAGAGGCAAGAACACAAAACUGUCCUGGAGAGAAACGUCAACAAGGAGGUGCAACCGACAAACGUCUUGCCGAAAUUACAAAUAAUCUCUACAUUGAAUGUAGAAAAUCUUCCUCACCUUUGGGUGAACCAGGAGCGGAGUGCUCCACCCUACGUGCGACAGCGUGGCUUAACACAAGCGUGCCACUAGAUGUCAUAGUGGCGCUAGUUACAGACAUAGGCUUUCGGUCUACCCAGGUGCAAUAGCAUUUCCCGUACAUUGUUUUAACUAGGGGGGGCGAAAGAGAACCCGUGUUAUUACUCCUUGAGAGCAAGUUCUUGAAUUUUAACUUUGUCAGUUUAGGCUUUGCUACUACACUUUAAGCAUCGGGGCUAUCGGAAAUGAAGGUCAAAGUGUCCUUACCACUUUGAUUGCGACCGGUUUGUUUUUAACCCAGCGUAUGCUUUUCAAUACCAAUGACUGAGAGAGAACUCCUGCGACAG